AUGUCGACGCGGAGCUCCGCGGAGAGAGUGAUGCCUCCACAGAGGAAGCAGUUGGAAGUCAUAACUGAGUCCGCGGAAAGGAGGACGCGGAGCUCCAUGGAGAGAAUAAGUAAUGGGAUUAACACCUACGUUAGACCAAAGUUAAACAACUUGGAUUUACUGCUUCCGCCUAAUUUUGAUUGUCGAAUAUUGUUUGAUUUGGUCAAAAGUAAGGCUAAGAUGUUCAAUAGUAAUAUAUCAUUGUCAUUUCAACACCCAGUUCAUGGGUAUGUGAUGAAUAUUUUAGAUGAAGCAGAUGUUCAUCAACUCAGAAAUGUAGUCUCUGAAACGAAGGAAAUUGUGCAUUUGUAUUUAGAGGUGUUUGAGGGAUUGGUCGAACACAUAGAAGCGGCUGAGAAAGUUGUACCAUACAAUGUUGAAAACAUUGUUUCUAAUAAUGUUGAAGAUUGUCCAGAAGAAGAAACUAUGGAACUGAAUACGGUUGAAGAAAAAAAUUUAUAUGAGUUUGGAAGACUGACCGAUAAAACUUUCUCAGACGGUGAAGAGUCAAAUGAUGGAUGGUCAGAAGAUGAGUUCACACACGGGAAAAAAGCUUCAGACAUAUUUUACGGUAUGCCUCCCAUACCUGAUUGUCCUGAUCCUAUUGUUGAACCCUGA